UCUUGACAAUAGCCUUGACCUUCUAAUAAACGAGCACUGACAGAUUCGAUCUGGUUCUUGACACUAUCCAGAAAAAUGUCGUGUAAAACAUUACCUUUGUUGUUCAUAAAUUUGGGAGGAGAAAUGAUUUACAUCCUCGAUCAGCGUCUUAGAGCCCAAAAUAUAGCAGACGAGAAAGCGAAGAAAGUUCUACAUGAUAUCAUUGCAACAAUGUUUCACAAAAGAUUUAUGGAUGAAUUAUUUAAGCCUCAGCCUUUAUAUUCCAAGAAAGCCAUGAGAACAGUAUUUGACAGACUAGCCCAUGCUUCCAUUAUGAGACUUAAUGCUGCCAGUAUGGACAAGCUGUAUGAUUUAAUGACAAUGGCCUUUAAAUACCAAGUCUCCAUGUGCCUUAAACCUAGAGAUAUAAUAUUAGUUACAUUGAAUCAUCUGGAUGCCAUGAGAAGUUUUGUUGGGGAUGCUGCAGAAAUUAGACAACAGUUAGAUCAUGUUUAUAGGUUAUUAAUGGAAAGUUUUGCAUCGUUAACUAUGGGAGAAUAUCAAUUAAUUAGACAGACAUUACUUAAUUUUUUCCAAGAUAUGCAUAUACGUGUUUCAAUAUUUCUUAAAGACAAAGUACAAAAUAGUAAUGGUAGAUUUGUUUUACCGACAGCAGGAAGUUUACCUCAUGGAACAGAAAAUCCCGGUCUUAUACGUUAUUAUAAUGAAAAUGGUAAUGAAAUUAAAACAAUACAGUUCACUCCUGGAGGAUCAUAUACAGGGUCACAAGGUGAAGGGUCAUUUGACAUGAAAGGCAGUAGAGUUACAAAAUUAGGAACAAAUAUGAUGAGAGGUGCUUUUGAUUUUAGUGAGUAUUCUGUAUCACGAACAGUAGAAACAACUGGAUCAGCAAGAACAACAACAAGUUCAGAUAUAGAAUCCAGUACACCUGAUCCAUUAGCCAAAGCACAAUUAGAUUUAUUAUCACAACUUAUAGGAAGUAAAACAGCUAGUAAUAAAUCAGAGAUCAGAUUGAAUUUAUUUAAAAAUGACAAAGAAGAAGAACAAGCUGAAGCAGCCUUAAUGAAGCCUAUAGAAUUAGCUGAAUCUAAAGUUGUAAAAAUAGAUGCUUCCAAGAAACAAAAGAAUGAUGAAUUAAGUAGAAUUAUGGGAGAAUUAGCAGUAAAUGAAGGAUCCUCUAAUGACAAUGAUGAUUUAUUAGAUUUGAUGGAUAAAGCCUAGCUGAUGUUGGUACUAUGGAACAUGUGUGAACGUGAUAGAGAGAGAGAGUGAAGUGUAAAUGUGAGAGAGAGAUGGUUUAGUGUUGUGUUAGAGUAAAUGUAUAACAAUGAUAUGAGAGAUCAACAGACAAAUCUUUACCGAUACAGGCCAAUAUGUUUUGAUGUUUAAGGACAUGAUUGUAAAUGUGUUUUCUUAAGCCAUGUUAAUGUAAAUUUUGUCUCAAAUUGUAAGAUAUUGUUUGACUCAAAGAAUAUAUGAAAAACUACAUAUCCUGAUGGACCAAAGCUUGUAGCUUGGAUUACAUAUCAAGUAGAUUUAUAUGAAAUCAUUACGGCACAUAUUUAGAUACUGUGGAUUCAUUUUCUUUGGUUGAACUCUAAUGUUUGUUCUGGGAUUUUAUAAAAAAAAAAGUGAAGAAAUAGACCACUUGGAUCCAGAUUUUUUAGAAUUCUUAGUCCUAAAUUGAAUUUCCUGUUUGAAAAAUUAUGAUUGAAAAAAAUAAUUCAAAAAUUACAUCUUUUAUUAGAACCACCUUAUACAUGUAUACAGCACAGUUUUAUAAUUGUUUCGAUGAUUUUCUGUGAUUUCAAGUUAUAAAGAUAUUUGGAAAUAACAAUAUGUUAAGUGGUACCUUAAAGAGUAAUUGAGUCAUAUAUAGAGUUGAUUUCUAAGUUGUUUUUGAGAAAUGACACUUGAAGAUUUAAGCAAAAGUUUUUAAAAUUAUUUGUUUGAAUAAUUUAUUAAAUAGAGUUUUUAAAGGCAGUGCUAUUAUUUGUGACCUCUCCAGUAUUGUUUAAAUGAUAAGAGAUAUAUGAUACAGAGUAAAAAAUGUUAAAAUGGAAUCUCACUUUCAUAAUGUUUAGAAUUUCAUGUUACUAUUGAAUAACCUUAUGAAGUUAUUUUUGUUUUGUUUUAAGUGAUAUCAAUCAGAAGAAAGUUCAGAUUACUCAGGGUUUAGUUUGAUCUGGUUUCACUGUGGUCAAGUUCAGAUGGAUAUCUAGAGUAGAUAGGAUUGACAUGGUCAUAUAUAACACCUGUUAUGAUUGGAUAUAGCUUUCCCGCCAUUAUAACUCAAUGAGCCCUGGGUUGUGGCAGGGUUACUAGAAAUCGACUCGAUAUCCCGGAUGUUAUGACGUCGAUCCAAUCAAAUUUAAAUGUAAACAUAUUCAGAGUAGGGGCCUUGUAUUUCCCGUAAUCUAGAGUCCUUACCCCUCAAAAU